AUGGCGCAGCUUCUAGGCGACAUAGUGCAGCGCAGCGUGGGCGGGCUGGUCGCCGGCGCGGUCAGCGCAGUGGGCGGGUACGCCGGUUCCGCUGUGAGCGGGGUCGGCGACCUGCUCGAGGCCGGAGGCGAGGCGGUCGGCAACGGCAUAGCUAGGGGCCUUCAGGGCGUGGGGGACAGUCUGAGGGGGUACGGUACAGCAGUGCAGCGCGCGACAGCGGCAAGCGGGAGCGACCGUACGGUCGCGAGAAAGGUUGCGUCGCCCACUACGGCUGCAUCGACGAUGACAACCGCGUCGGCGUUGGCGUCGGUGGCGAAAAAGACGCUUCCUGCCGCGGGCUUACAGCGCACCCUAUCGCCCUCGAAGCAGACGAAGGCGCUGCCAGCGCCACAGAAGCAACGGGCUAAAGCAGCAAGUGACAGGGCGAAGGCGACAGCCAGGCCAAGGAGGCCCAAUCCCACCCAAUCGAUGAAGCCGCCGUCGACGGCGACAGGGGUCAAGGUUUCCGUCUCGCGCCUGGCCGCGUCGGCCGGCGUGCGCGCUGUCAGCUCCCCGAGGCAGGCCGCGCCGACACGCAAGGCCGGCGCGACGGCGGGAGCGCACCAGAGCUUUGGCGGCCAUAUACCUGGGUACGGAUCGGACUUCGCAAGGACAGGGUCAAGACCAGGGGCGAAGGCGGUGAGCACAGCGGGAAGUGUGCUGGGUGAAGGUGGUCUCAAGUUCUUCUGA